GCCCCGCGGUGCCCAGCGGAGCCAGCAUGAGCGCGCCGGGCGGGAAGGCGGCGCGGCCGGCGGCGCUGGCGGAGCCGGCCCGGGCGGCGGCGGCGGCGGCGGCGGGCAAGGAGGUGCCGAAGGUGCUGGUGGACCCGCGCACCCGGCGCAGCUUCGUGCGCGGGCGGUUCCUGGGCAAGGGCGGCUUCGCGCGGUGCUACGAGCUGGCCGAGGCCGAGAGCCGCGAGGUGUUCGCGGGCAAGGUGGUGCCCAAGUCGCUGCUGGUGAAGCCGCACCAGAAGGAGAAGAUGUCCAUGGAGAUCGCCAUCCACCGCAGCCUCUCCCACCGCCACGUCGUCGGCUUCCAGGGCUUCUUCGAGGACGACGACUUUGUCUACGUCGUGCUGGAGCUGUGCCGCCGCAGGUCGCUGCUGGAGCUGCACAAGCGGCGGAAGGCGCUGAGCGAGCCCGAGGUGCGGUACUACCUGCGGCAGACCAUCCUGGGCUGCCAGUACCUGCACAGCCACCGCGUCAUCCACCGCGACCUCAAGCUGGGCAACCUCUUCCUCAGCGACGACAUGGAGGUGAAGAUCGGCGACUUUGGCCUGGCCACCAAGGUAGAGUACGAUGGGGAGCGCAAGAAGACCCUGUGUGGGACACCCAACUACAUCGCCCCAGAGGUGCUGGGCAAGAAGGGGCACAGCUUCGAGGUGGACAUCUGGUCCAUAGGCUGCAUUAUGUACACUCUUCUGGUGGGGAAACCGCCUUUUGAGACCUCUUGUCUAAAGGAUACGUACAUCCGGAUCAAGAAGAACGAGUACACCAUUCCCAAGCACAUCAACCCUGUGGCCGCAAACCUCAUCCAGAAGAUGCUGAGGUCGGACCCCGCCACGCGCCCGACCAUCGACGAGCUGCUGAACGACGAGUUCUUCACCUCGGGCUACCUCCCCAGCCGCCUGCCCACCAGCUGCCUGACCAUCGCGCCCCGCUUCUCGCUGGCUCCCAGCAGCAUGGAGCUCGGCGGGCGCAAGCCGCUGACCGCGCUCAAUAAAGGACUGGACAGCCCUGCCCAGGAGCCCUUGCCGGACAAGGAGGAAGCGGCGGGGCUGCGGGAGGUGGGAGAUGCUGUCAGUUGCCACCUGGCUGACAUGUUGCAGCAGCUGACUGCAGUCAACGCAGCCAAGCCCUCCGAGAGAGUAGCAGUGAGGCAAGAAGAAGCUGAGGACCCAGCCUGCAUUCCCAUCUUCUGGGUUAGCAAAUGGGUGGACUACUCGGAUAAGUACGGACUCGGUUACCAGCUCUGUGACAACAGCGUUGGGGUUCUCUUCAACGACUCCACUCGGCUCAUCAUGUACAACGAUGGGGACAACCUGCAGUACAUUGAGCAGAACAACACAGAGUCCUACUUCACCGUGAGGUCCUACCCCUCUGCCCUCAACAAGAAGAUAACACUACUGAAGUACUUCCGGAAUUACAUGAGCGAGCACUUGCUGAAGGCGGGGGCGAACAUCACGCCACGGGAAGGGGACGAGCUGGCCCGACUGCCCUACCUGUGCACCUGGUUCCGGACCCGCAGUGCCAUCAUCCUGCACCUCAGCAACGGCACCGUGCAGAUCAACUUCUUCCAGGACCACACCAAGGUCAUCCUGUGCCCUCUCAUGGCUGCUGUCACAUACAUAGAUGAGAAACGGGACUUCCGCACGUACAAGCUGAGCCUGAUCGAGGAGCACGGCUGCUGCCGGGAGCUGGCCAGCCGCCUGCGCUACGCCCGCACCAUGGUGGAGAAGCUCCUCAGCUCCAAGUCUGGCUCGGGCCGGGCGAAAUCCUCCUCUUAGACCUUGUUCUUGCCGGACUCAACAUCUGUGCCAAACUGUGCAGCUGUGGAGGGAGAGGUCUGGCAGCUUCCCUCCCGUGGCCCAGCUGGGUUCCCAUUCCUGGGUAUGGGCUCGUUGCUGCAAGGAAGCCCCUGCUGCUAUGGGAAUGGUGGUGUUUACUGACUGGUGCCCAAAGGUUUCUUGCUUCCUGCUCCUAACACAGUGUAUUUUUUAAUUCCCUACCUAGUCUGUUUUUCUAAUUUCCCAAAGCCAAAAGCCCAGCUCCAAACACGUCCUCUCGUUUGAGGUGCCUGGGCCUGCUCUUGAGAGAGCAGAGCUGGCACGUGAGGUGUCCGUACAUGGCUGUGCCCGUGCUCUGGGCUUCGUUUCCUCUGGUAGAAGCUCAGGUAAGGUAUUGAACAAACCCAGGGUGAGAUUUGCGCAAUCGGCCUUUUAAUACUGAAACUCCAUGAAACCUCAACUUUUGUAUAUUGCAUAACUUGAAUAAAGAUUGUUUGACACAGCA